AUGGAGAGCGACAUCCAGAUCUACACUCCUCUCGACGUGGCCGUCGGGCAAAUUCGAAUCGCACGGAUUUUACCGAGCGAGGACCGCACAGCCGUUGUACGAUGCGAAUUGGACACAGUGGCCCUGCCGGCAAUUGAUACGACCUUCGAAGCCCUGUCAUACUGCUGGGGCGAUCCAAAGAUCACGGCAGACAUCGAGCUCAACGGCGCCGUUGCUGCUGUCACAGUAAAUCUAGAGGCUGCACUACGGCAGUUUCGUGCAGAUGCCGCAGGGAAAGCCGUUGUCAUCUGGAUCGAUGCAAUCUGUAUCAAUCAACAGGACGUCGAGGAACGCAACAGUCAAGUGACUCUGAUGCAAGAGAUUUACACCAAGGCCACAAAUGUAAGGAUCUGGUUAGGCAUUGCGGACGAGAUGUCAGAAAAGCUGUGUCGAGUCCUGCGUCGUCUCAUAAACGAGCCGACUUCGAGCAAUAGUCUGGAGAGCCUUUCUGCGGAAGAGCAUUCAAUUGAGGUCAGAAUGAUAUAUCUGUCGGUUCUCUUCGCUUACGGGUAUUGGGCACGCAGGUGGAUUGUGCAAGAAGUCAGGUGCGCGCAGCAUCGAACGCUGCACAUUGGUCAAUAUAUUGAGGAGUUGCCAUUGGACGUCUUUGCCAAACUGAGAGAGUACAUCCGUGUACAAGUCAUCUUGGCGCUGUAUCAAGCCUUUUGCGUCAAAAAGGACCCUGCUAUCGAGAUGGGUCAUGAUGGGCUCCCAGAGUCUUCGUCGAUCGGCGAGGCCGCCUUGGUACUCGGCCACAUGCUGGAACAUUCGCAUACUGUCCUUGCCGACCUGAACAACAAACAACAAUGGCAUAACUUCCUUCGUGCUCUCAAAACAUCAGAAUGCUCGGUUGAGCAUGACACCAUCUACGCGAUCUUAGGACUGCUCCCGAACAAGUUGGGCAUGGAGAUCGACUAUAAAGUACCCAUCGUCGACCUACUGUGCGAGUUUACCUGGCGUUGGAUACAGUAUCAUCAGACUCUAAACUGCUUCUACGAUGUCCGCAAUGUUGACCCAGACCUUCCCUCCUGGGUCCCCGAGCUCCGUUACUCGAAACUGAAAAUCUCUGCUUUAGGCACACGAGCUCUCGGUCCAGAGGCAAUAAGUCCCGACACCCUCUCUGCUGGCGAAUUCAAAGCACACGCCGGCGCCACGAAGUCUCAACUCACACGCAUUGACCACUAUACCGUCAGCGUCGGCACUUUCCUUUUCGAUACGAUCGUCGCAAUAAGCCCGAAUGAGGGUCCUUCGACCAAUGGCGACCUUAAAGGCCUUACCGUCCAGGAUGCAGUCGAGCAAAAGUUACCUUCUGAUUGGCUGGAGUUGUAUGAGAAACAUUGUACAACAACGUAUCCGGACCACAGUGCCCAUGAAAUCAUCCUUCGUACCUUUAAUAUGAACCAAGAUCGACACCUUGGACCCCGAGAAGACGCAUCUCCGGAUAAGCCAUGGGUUGGCGGAUCCAAGAAAUUCGCUGCUUUGUUUAGACUUCUCAAUAAGACAUCGAGUGGAGGGCCAUUUUUCACGUUCUAUGCUACAGAGAAGGGGAGAUGUGGAGUUUGUAUCCCGGACAUCCAAAUUGGAGAUCGGAUUGGAAUUGUGGCGAGGCUGUGGAUGCCUUUUGUGCUGAGAAAGACAGAGAAGCGAGGUAGGGAAGGUAAUUUGCUGGUUAGCUCAUGCUAUUUGCAUGGUGUCAUGGAUGGUGAGGCUGUGCUCGAUGCUGUGGGUGGAGAUGAAAGCAAGGUCAAUGAUGUUUUCGAGCAGCUGGUCAUCGUGUAA